AUGACGGAGCUGCCCAUGCGGCACAGACACGGGCUGAGCAGGGGUGCGAGAGGAAGGAGUCGGCCCACGCUCCAGCACAAUAGUGGCGUCGCCCAGAGCCAGCGCCAGGGUGUCCGAGUGCCUGCACUGCGGCCGGCCCAGGGCAACGACUUCCCCCAGAACGACAGCAGGAGCCCACGACUGCACCACCAGGCGGUGGGGCUGCCAGCUCCUGCUGCUCUGAGCAGCAUGGGAGUUCCCCGGGUUAACAACACAAGGCUCAAGGGAUUUACAGGGCUCUGCAUCGCCCUGUGCCUGGGGGGCACCGUGGCCCAGAAUCAUGGCGUACAAGGUACCACUGAGGACUGCAACAGCCAUGUGCUAUGCCCAGCAAACGCCAAGUGUGUGAACAACACCCACUGCACCUGCCUGGAUGGAUACCAGCCACAUGGGAAUCGCUUCUUCUUCACCGACCCAACGGAGUUCUGUGACGAUAUUAACGAGUGUCUGGAGCUGAGCCCGCCAAACUGCGGACCCCACACAGACUGCGUCAACGUGGCUGGGAGUUACAACUGCACCUGCAUCAAUGGCUACGAGCCCAGCUCUGGGAAAGCCAAGUUCAUAAACGCGAGUGAGAACACCUGCCAGGGUGUUGACGAGUGUCAGGGCCUGAGCCCAGCAGACUGUGGACCCCAUGCAAACUGCACCAAUGUGCCUGGGAAUUACUCCCGCAGCUGCAUCGAGUCCAGCUCUGGGAAAGCCAACUUCAUGAAUGCGAGUGAGAACACCUGCCAGGACAUCAACGAGUGCUGCAAGACCCCAGAUAUCUGCGGCCCCAAGGCCAUAUGUAUCAACACCUACGGAAGCUACUGGUGUGGGUGCCGGGCCGGCUACGUCCCCUCCAACAGAAACACGACCCUGUGCCAAGAGCUCACCUGCCCCCCGCUGCCGGAUGAUGACAACUCUGCCGAAGCCAAGAACUUUCUGGGCAGCUUCCAGGCCCAGGUGGGACGUCUCUGCAAGGCAGCGCUGGAGGAGCUGAAGCAGAUGAACUCUCAGAACGCCAAAGGGAAGCUGCAGGGCUUCUUGGACAUUCUGGAGAAGCAGAUAAAUCUGGUCGGGCAGCAGAGCGAGAGCGUGGAGCGGAGACACCGGAUCGCGACGGAGCUGAUGGCCAUAGUGGAGAAGCUCCUGAAGACACUGGCCCUGACCCUGCCUGACAGCACGAUCAGCAUCGCAUCCCCCAACGGCAUAGAGCUGGGGCUGGUGGUCAGGAAGGCUGGGAGCCAAAGCCAGGAGACCGUGACGCUGCAGCAGAGCAAGACGCAGAUGGAAUUAAAGUGGGCCGGAGCCCCAGGGCAGAAAGAAGGCUUCACGCUGGCCGGGCUGCUGACAUACCAGGGGAUGAGCCCCAUCCUGGACGGUGCUGGGCGGGUGGAGGUGCCCGAGUGGGACAGGAUCGGCCAGAAGGGGAAGUGGGCGCAGAAGCUGGGGCGGCCCAGCUACCGUGUGCUGUCUCCGGUGGUGUCGGCCUUCAUCAGUGACCCGAACCCCGAGGCACUCGGCCUCUCCGUCAGCAUCCACUUCAGCCACCCAGUGCCGGAGAACAAGACCGACCUGCGCCUCCUCUGCGCCUACUGGAAGCCUGACAGCAGGGGCUGGGCCACCCACGGCUGCACCCUGCAGAAGUUGAACGCCACCAUCACCCGCUGCCAGUGCAACCACCUGACCAGCUUCGCUGUGCUCAUGGCCUUCUACGAGCUGGAGGACUGGACCCUGGACGUCAUCACCAAGGUGGGGCUGGUGAUCUCGCUGCUGUGCCUGCUGCUGUCCAUCGUCACCUUCCUCUUCUGCCGCGCCCUCAAGGGCCCCCGCACCACCAUCCACCUGCACCUCUGCCUGGCGCUCUUCAUCGCCUACACCGUCUUCCUCACCGGCACCUCCAGCACCGGCAACAGGGUACCCGGCCCCCCUGCCAGCCCGCAGGUGGUGUGCGGCGUGGUGGCCGGGCUCCUGCACUAUUUCUUCCUGGCCGCCUUCUGCUGGAUGUGCCUGGAGGGCGCCGAGCUCUACCUGCUGGUGGUUCAGGUCUUCACCCCCCACGGCCUCAGGCGCCGCUACAUGUUCCUGCUGGGCUACGGUGUGCCGGCCCUCAUCGUGGGCGUCUCGGCCGCCACCUACAGCGAGGGCUACGGCACGGCGCGCCACUGCUGGCUCUCGCUGGAGAAGCAAUUCAUUUGGAGCUUCCUGGCGCCCGUCUGCAUCAUCAUCGCGGUCAACGCCGUGAUCUUCGUGGUCACCGUCUGGAAGCUGUCGCUGAAAUUCGCCGACAUCAACCCUGACAUGAGCCAGCUGAAGAAGCUCAGGGUGCUCACCAUCACGGCCAUCGCCCAGCUCUGCGUCCUGGGCACCACCUGGAUCUUCGGCCUGUUCCAGUUCAACCAGCGCAGCCUGGUCGUCUCCUACAUCUUCACCGUCCUCAACAGCCUGCAGGGGCUCUUCAUCUUCCUGCUGCACUGUCUGCUCCAGAAACAGGUGAGGGACGAGUACCGCAGGUGGCUGAGCUGCGGCGGCCUCAAGAGACCGGCCAAGUACUCCGAGUUCUCCAGCUCGACCGCCACGCGGAGACCCACCACGCACCCGGACUCGCUGCAUGCAGAUGCUUCAACGGUUGCCCAGCGGAACCUGCCAGGCAGCGGGGGGCACCGUUACGCUGCCCAGCUGCCCCCACCCGCUGGGCACUCACCAGCCCCAGGCCUGCGCGCUGCCAGCAUCGCCAGCAAUAGCAACGCCAACAGGGCAGCCGCUCAGCUCCGACGCGACGUCCUCUGGCCACAGGGGGCACCUUUCCCUUUGGUACGAACGAGUCCCCGGCCCCGCCUGCGGUACGAUGCUGGGCCGGGCUGA